AAUGGCUGCCAUAAAUUCAUUCAUAUUUAAAUCAUUUUCAUUUUAUUUGUUCAGUGAAAUCGUUUGAAUUGGUUGAUUUGUUUACAUUCAUAAAAAUUCAUGAAUAAUAAUAAGAAGAACUAAAUAACAAUAAAGAAUUAAUGAAUCGAUUCUUACGCAUGCAGCCGUAAUUUCGCGAUAAAUUUCAUCCUACCUGUUUCAACAAAAAAAAUUAUCUCGAAAAGAUUUACUUUAGAUUAAAUUUUGUCGGUUUCAAUUGCGAUAAAGACUUUUCCGGUUGGUGUCUAUUGUCUAAAACAAAACCAAAGUUUAAGUGCUUUAAUCAGUCAGUCGGAUUGACGUUAUUAACUAAAAUUAACCGGGAGGUCUUCUAUGAUCUCGGCUCUUUUGUUUGAUACAUAAAAUUGACUUAAAAUUUUUGGAUUCAACUCGUGUAAUCAGUGUUAUAAGAUCAGUUUUUUUCAACAAUGGACCGAAAUGCUUGAAAAGCUUCGCAUAGGAAGAUUCAGUAGUUCAUAUAAGACACGAAACGCUGCAGAACUGGCUCGGGAAAAGAAAGUACCAACAAUCGGGGUGACGGUGCUGUUCCUCGAUGACUCGAUAAACACGUUUACCGUCGAAAAACGAGCGAAGGGUGGCGACUUGUUGGGUCAAGUUUUUGAUCAUCUAGAAUUAUUCGAGAAGGACUACUUCGGGUUGCAGUAUAUCCAGCAACCAGGAGAUGUCGUGCGAUGGCUGGAUCCGAACAAACCACUGCGGAAACAAUGGGACAGCGCGAAAGGCGAUUCAAAUACACCGUUUUUAUUUAGAGUUAAGUUUUACGUAACCGAUCCGAGUCGACUACAGGAAGAAUAUACACGCUACCAAUUCUAUUUACAAAUUAAACGUGAUAUAUUCCAAGGGAAACUCACAUGUCCAUUAAAUACGGCUUGUCUAUUGGCUAGCUACACUGUACAAUCUGAACUUGGUGACUAUAAUCCGUUGGAACAUUUAAAUGGCUAUCUAUCGCCGCUUCGAUUGCUAGCUGAACAGACUGAAGAAGCAGAACGUCGAAUCUCAGAAUUGCAUAAGUUACAUCGUGGUCAAUUACCUGCAGAUGCCGAAUAUAAUUACUUGGAGCAUGCGAAGAAGUUGUACAUGUACGGUGUGGAUUUGCACAAAGCUGUUGAUUCGACUGGUAAAGAAAUUAGCCUAGGUGUAACAUCGGUUGGUCUGGUUGUUUUCCAAAAUAAUGUUCGCAUGAACGUUUUUUCGUGGUCCAAAAUGGUGAAAAUAUCUUUCAAAAGGAAAGAAUUCUUCAUUCAAUUACGACGUGAACCAUCGGAAAGUUAUGACACAUUAUUGGGUUUUGGCAUGGGCACUCAUAAAAACGCCAAGUCUUUAUGGAAGUCCUGCGUAGAACACCAUUCAUUCUUUCGAUUGGAACGUCCCAAUCGUUUACCACGCUUUCUGCCAUUGUCACUGGGUUCGAAAUUCUAUUACUCUGGACGGACAGAACUGCAGGCGGUUCAAGAGAGUAAACAACGUGGAAAAAUAUCAAGGAUAUUCACUCGUUCGCCCAGCAAACGAAUACUAACCCAUUGUACGUCGAAGCAGAAUGGUUCCGACAGUAACGGGAAAUCGACUAUUUUAAGUUUGACCAAAUCUUAUCGAUCCCAUGACAAUAAAAUUCAAUCAAAACAGUCGGACGCAUUGCCAAGAAAAGCAUGGGAGUCACAAAGCGAUGAUAGCGAUGGUGGUUUCAUCGAACGGUGUGCAAAAUCAUUUGAGUUUCCAUUAUCGCACAGCUGUGACUCUUCCGCACCUUGCAAUGAUGAUCAUACAACAGGCGUUGACGAUAAUCUCAUAACAGUUCGGUUAGUAGCUGAUGAAGCCGGUCGUUUUGGUUUCAAUGUUCGAGGUGGUGUCGAUCUAAAUUUGCCAGUAUUAGUUUCACGUGUUGCACCACACACACCAGCCGAUCGCACAAAUCCGAGGAUUAGUCAGGGCGAUCAAGUUGUCAUGAUAAAUGGUUGUGACGUGAGUGGAAUGCUUCACGAACAAGUUGUUUCACUGAUUCGGUCAAGCACUGAUCAAUCGGGAGAGCUUGUUCUUACCGUUCGACCAUGUGUGACCGUAAAUUCAGUGUGCGAUUAUACCGAAGAAGAGCCAAUGUAUCAAUACGUGCCGGACGCUCCAGAAUAUCCGCUGACUGGUGAUGCGCUAUUUUCACAAUCAUUGCUCCUUCUGAGUGAUGGAUUGGCAUCAGGUGCACUUUUGUCACAAUAUGAGCAGUUGUACCGAAAAAAUUCAGAUUUGGCUAUAACCGAGGCAAAGAAAACUGAAAACUUAGCCAAAAAUCGAUAUCGUGACAUAUCACCAUAUGACUGUACUAGGGUAGUCCUUAUAAAAUCCGAGUCGGGUGACUACAUAAACGCCAAUUAUGUUAAUAUGGAAAUACCGGAAGGUGGAGUCAAUCGAUAUAUUGCGACCCAAGGACCCUUAUCGACAACGACUACGGAUUUUUGGCGAAUGGUUCAACAAGAAAGUAGUCAUCUCAUUGUUAUGUUAACCACUGUUAUGGAACGUGGUCGUCCUAAGUGCCACCAAUACUGGCCAUUACUUGGCGAAGAGUUGGACAUGGGAAAUUCAUUUUCGGUGAAAUGUCUAAGCGAAGAGGCUGACGAAACGGGUAGUUUCGUAUUUCGAGAGCUUGUUUUAUGUGAUAAAUGUUCCGGUGAGAAUCGUCUAAUACAACAUAUGCAAUAUUUGGCGUGGCCGGACCAUGGAGUUCCGUCCGAUCCACAGCUGUUUUUAGAUUUUACCGAGAAAGUUCGUGCCGUCAGAAAGAAAUCGUUGCUUGAAGAAAUCGAUCUAAGCCUAAAACAUAUGCGACUGAUGGGCUCAGAUCGUUGCGGUGAUAGUGAAUUGCCUUGUGGUAUUGGUAGUGAAGAUGGUGAAAGUCCUGAGGAACUAGUUUUACCCCCGUCAACAAGUAUUCAUCAAUAUAUGAGCGCUGCUAAUCCGCCAGUUAUCAUUCAUUGUUCAGCCGGUAUUGGUCGAACUGGUGUGCUUAUUUUGAUGGACACUGCUCUAGCCUUAAUGGAUGCUCGUGAGCCAGUAUACCCAUUAGACAUAGUCCAAGGCAUGAGAGAUCAACGUGCCUGCAUGGUACAGAAUGUGAGUCAAUAUCGCUUUGUGUGCGAAUGUAUAUGCGCAGCUUAUGUUAAAAUAGCACGAUCGGAUGCUAUCUCGAAGUCAGAAGAUUCGUAAAUCUAUAAGUAACAAUAUGAAAGUGUGCCAUGUGUGAAACAACUCAGAAAAAAAAACAAAAUUGUUGAAACUACAGUUGCAGAAAAUAAUCGUUCGGAUAAAGUGUAUUAAGGUAAGGAGAUUAAUAUUAAGCAAAACAUUGUGUGAAAUGUUCAAUUUCCAUUCCUCCGUGCAUCAUUUCCCAAUAUUCCAUUAUUCAAUCGGUAUAAUCCUCUGCCAUAUAAUAGUGUCUAACAUUGAUGCAUAUCGAUUUAAAAAACAAUUUUUUGUCUAAUCUUCGUUUCAUAUUCUGAGUGUUUAAAUUGCGUUUUCCCUUUGUUUCGGAAAAGUGUAUAAGUUGUAGGAGGUCGGUAAAUUUCGUAGAUUGUUGACAAGGGAGUUCGUAAAAUGUUGGGAACGUAAAAUGAUUGUGAGAACCAUUUGUUGUAAUCUCGAUAACAUGUGCUUAUCGAUGACAAAUUUUGACAUAAGUUUGAUGUUAGUGAUAAUCCGCGUUGCAUUUUACUAAUGAGACAGUUUGACAAAGAAAUGAAAUUUUCGAUGACAGUAGCGAACCUGGUAGCGAAUGUUCUGAAUUAAAUUUUUUUAUUUGACUUAACUCAGGUGCAAGAUCUACAUAUUUUACCCUAUGUAUCCAAAGCUGAAGUUUUCAGACCUUGGUACGAGAUAUAAAUUAAUUGGCUAUUUUAGUGAGAUUGCGAUUUUCACUAAGAAUUAUGUGUUGACGUAAAACUUGAAAAUUAUAAGUGGACUCUCCAUAUAUUUUGUAUGGAGAAGUUACUUAUAAUUUCCAAGCCAAAAACGUCAACUUCAACUUUUAAUUAUAAGUGCAAAUCUCAAUGUCUCUAUUACUUCAGCAAUUGUUAGCACAAAGAAAUUCAGCGAUUAUUAGUCCAACAAAAUAUCAAGAUUUGUUUUUAGAAUCUACCAAACAACUUAUCCAUUCACCAUUUCGUACUCACAAUACUGACUCGUCUUUUAUAGCACCCUCUGUGUAAAUACCUAGUCCGACGUAGGUAUAGUAGGAAUAAAAUCAGUUUAAAACUUUUAAAGUCUAAUAGCCCCAACAGUUUAACUAAUUUUUCCAACAAAAGAAAAUAAUUUUUAAAAUAAUUUUAAAAAAAGAAUUUCAAUAAAUUUGUAAUUGUAAUGUAACAUGUAGCACCAAAAUACACUUCUUUAAGUCGACAUCAAUUUUAGAAUCCUUUGUACACCCCCGUUAAUCCCAACACAAGAAUCCAUAUUAUAACCGUACUAUUUAGUAAAGCAUUGUAGUUUUAUUAAUUUAUUGUACCUAAAAAUUUGUUGCUAACAGAUAUAAAUAAAUGGAAAGUAAAUAUGAAAA